AUGCCUCAUAAGCUAAAAGAUCCAGGUAGUUUUUCCAUACCUUGCGUAAUCGGAAAGUUUGUCAUAGACAAAGCUCUAUACAACUUAGGAGCUAGUGUUAGUUUAAUGCCCUUAUCCAUAUGUGAAAGACUCAAAUUAGGAGAAGUAAGACCGAUGAGAAUGUCUCUUCAACUAGCUGACCGUUCUGUUAAAUUUCUAGUAUGUAUGCUAGAGAAUGUUCCCGUUCGUAUAGGUCAAUUUUAUAUUCCCAUCGACUUUAUAAUAAUGGACAUAAAGGAGGAUUCCAACAUCCCUAUCAUUUUAGGAAGUCCCUUUUUGGCCACUGCUGGAGCUAUCAUAGAUGUGAAGAAAGGAAAGAUAACCUUUGAGUUUGGUGAAGAAAAAGUUGAAUUUAUUCUAUCACAUUUCUUAAAGGCACCAACUAUAGAAGAUUCAUGUUGUUUCCUAGACGUCAUCGACGAAUGCAUUAGAGAAAUGGAGAUGGAACAAUCUAACUAUACUGAAGUACUAAGGAUUCCAACAACUCCUAUAUCCGAAGAAGAAAAUUUGCAUGAACCAUACGUAGAUAACAGUCUAAGGGAAUGCUUAGCAUUAACUCCUAAUCUUUUGCCUUUCCUAAAGAAACCUAAUGUAGAACUUAAAACAUUACCCAAAGAUUUAAGGAAUGAAUUACUAGACACAGAGCUUGAAAGACCAGUAAUAAUCAACACAAACUUAGGACAGAUAGAAAUCGAGAAAUUACUACAUGUCUUAAGAAAAUACCCUACAACUCUAGGCUAUAACAUCUCAGAUAUUAAAGGAAUAAGCCCAUAUGUAUGUAUGCAUCACAUUAUGCUAGAAGAAUGUUGCAAAACCGCUUGA